UCACACAGACUUUUCCAGAACAAGCUCAAAGCUUCGGGAGCCUCUGAGAAUUGAAACAACCAAAACAAAGAAAAUAGAGGAAGAAACUGCGAAAAAUAUCUGACUCAUGAGCUGAUCGUGAUCGUGUCGUGUUUCUGUCGAACUCCCGCUCGAAUUUCUUGAAAAUAUGUCUGCGUAUCGAUGGAAGAGCUUCUAUGAAGAUGAAGAUCGACCAGAGAAGCCUCGGAGGUAUGGAGUCACGGAGAUGAGGGGCCCUCAUUACACUCUUUUGAGCCAAAAUGUUCUUCAGGAUAUUUUUGAAUCCAUGGGAGAUUUUGUUGAUGGAUUGAAGUUUGCUGGAGGCUCACACAGUUUGAUGCCAAAAGCUUUUAUCAAAGAAGUAACUGACAUGGCUCACAGACAUAAUGUAUAUGUAAGUACAGGAGACUGGGCUGAACAUUUGAUUCGUGGAGGACCAUCUGCUUUCAAACAAUAUGUGGAGGAAUGCAAAAAUCUGGGGUUUGACACAAUUGAGCUAAAUGCAGGGUCACUUACCCUUCCUGAAGAAACUCUCUUGAGAUUUGUGCGCCUGAUUAAAAGUGGUGGAUUGAAAGCAAAACCUCAAUUUGCAGUGAAUUUCAACAAGUCUGACAUCCCAGUAGCUGGUGAUAGAGCAUAUGGGGCAUAUAUAGCUCCAGUUCCUCGAACAUCUGAAAUUGUUGAGGAUGUAGACUUGCUGAUCAGAAGGGCUGAGAGAUGCUUGGAAGCCGGAGCAGACAUGAUCAUGAUUGAUGCUGAUGAUGUAUGCAGAUAUGCCGAUUCAUUCCGUACAGACAUUAUUGCAAAGAUAAUUGGUCGCCUAGGACUUGAAAAGACCAUGUUUGAAGCAUCAAAUCCCAAAACCUCUGAGUGGUUUGUCCAACAAUAUGGACCAAGGGUGAACCUCUUUGUUGAUCAUUCUCAAGUAAUGGGUCUGGAGUGCAUAAGAGGCCGCAACUUGGGUAAAAACCACAUGUCUGUUCUAGGGCCAUCUUAUCUUCUGUUGUAAAACGGUGCCAUUUCCAUAGAUUCCAAUCACUUGUUGAAUUGUUUUGGCUGUCUUUGUGUCUGGUGUUUGUUAAGGACUUCAAACGAUGUUGUAUGUUUGUUUGUGAAUGAUGCAUACUAGUCCUGUUAUGUUUUUAUGUACAUCAUAUUAAUAAUUUAUGUUCUCUAAGUUAUAUAAUAGGAAUA